UCUUCCAGCGUGUGGAGGCCGCGACGAGAUCAGCUGUUCGAGGAGCCUUGAGCAGCAGCUCAGCUCCGCGGAGGUGGCACCGGGAGCCUGCCCAACCUACCAAGCCCGUCCUUUGGCGGCUCCGACCCCGCAGUCCUCUCUCUUACGCUGGCUCCGCUCGCAGCCUUACUGCAGCCCCUCGGGCACCACGCUGUGGACGGAGCCGGGCGCCGUAGCCAGAAAAGCGACCGGGACCGCAGAGUCAGCCUCGGGCAGGAGAAGCUGGGAGAGGGCGGGAAGAGCCGGGCUGCCCACUCGCCGCCCCUCCUCCUGCCGUUCUCUGUGGGAGAGGUGCGGAAGAGAAUGGAGGUGACCGCCGCGAAGGUGGUGCGCGGCGGGCGUGGCUGCCUUAGCUGCGACGCCGAUGUAGCUCCAGGGCGCUUUAGUUAAACUGACCCCAGGGAGCACUCAAAGCUUGCGUGCUGCCAGCUUUCUGAAAGCUUUGCAUACUUGAUACAGUAUCUACAGCGGCUACGAAGCAGAUUAAAAGCUUCAGAAAUACCUCGUGGAUGUUGCUUCUCAGAGAAAUGCUACUAGUUUGCGCUAGAGAAAGCUCUUAAGCCUUAACGAGUGAAGAUGGAGCUGCUUGGCCUUGCUUUUGCUGUUUGGCUCUCCCUUAGGUUCUGUGCACCUGUGGAUGGCUAUCCAAAUGGAAAAGUAAAACAAGCCUGCGCUAGCAUGAUACCCUGUCAUGGGGCUGCUCCACAACUGUCACCUGAGCACACUAUCACACUGAACGUGACUGAAUUUAAACCAGGGGACAGCAUAGAAGUUAAUCUGUCUGGACCAGAUUAUGAAGGGUUCUUUAUACAAGCCCGGGAUGCAGAACAUCUGGAUGGCCCUGCAGUUGGUUCUUUCACGUUGGCUGACCAGAGGCUUUCUCAGCUUCUGACAUGCAGCCAUACCAAGAAUUCAGCUGUCAGUCACACAAGUAAAACAAAAAAGAAACAAAUGAAAGUGUAUUGGAUUGCUCCUGCAGAUGCACCAAACCGUAUACAGUUCCUAGCUACAGUUGUGAAGAAAUACAAGACUUUCUGGGUGAAGAUUCCUGGUCCCAUUGUUUCUCAGCCUAGUGCACUGUCCCCAGCACCAGAGCCCAUACCAAUAUCACAAACCAUUUCCCACUUAUCAAAGCCAUUUAAUACUUCAGACUGUGGAAGUACGAAGUUCUGCAUUAGGAAUCCUUCAAACUGUGAUGCUGAAAGUGUUUCCUGUUUUUUCCUUUCCUUCCAACGGGAGGGGAGCUCCGUAUUGAUUGAAAUGAGUGGUCCAAGUGAAGGGUAUAUAGCAUUUGCGUUGUCCCAUGACCAGUGGAUGGGUGGUGAUGAUGCAUAUCUGUGUAUCAAUGAGGACCACCACAUUCGAGUCUUCACUGCCUAUCUGAAGGGUCGAAGUCCUCCUGUUCUGGAUUCAGAGAUCGCCCUUGAAGAUGUGUCAUGGAGGCUUGCAGAUGGUAUUCUUCAAUGUUCUUUCAGAAGGAGCAUUCAUCUUCCUGCUUAUAAAGAGAGAUUUAAUCUGCAUGGUAUUUAUUACAUCUUUCUGGCAGAUGGGGAAGCCAGUGGAGAUGGUCUGAUAUACAAACAUCGUCGCCAGCCUCUGGUCACCAAUGGCAUGUACAAUGUCACAGGUCUUCCUCAGGAUAUUGGAGGUUCCCGGUCCCCACUACUCAUCAAGGUUCAUGGAGUGCUAAUGUUUGUUGCUUGGAUUACCACAGUUAGUAUUGGUGUAAUCAUUGCACGAUUCUUCAAACCUGCCUGGUCUCAUUCAUUCCUCUUUGGAAAAGAGAUGUGGUUUCAGGUGCAUCGUGUGCUCAUGUUGACCACAGUCUUGCUUACAAGUGUUUCUUUCGUGUUGCCAUUUAUAUACCGAGGAGGUUGGAACCAGCAAGCAGGUUACCAUCCCUAUCUGGGCUGUACCCUGAUGGCUUUGACAAUCGUUCAGCCACUGACGGCAGGUUUCAGGCCAUCUCCUCAUGCACCAAGGAGGUGGUUGUUUAACUGGUUCCACUGGAGUACUGGUACUACAGCUAGAAUACUAGCUGUGGUGACUGUGUUCUUGGGAAUGGAUCUGCCAGCACUUGACCUACUAGACCCGUGGGACACCUACACAGUGAUUGGGUUUGUAGCUUGGCAUGUUGGCAUUGAUGUUCUUCUGGAAGUACACAGCUACUGUCUCGUACGUAAAGUUGAACUGGUAGAGGAUGACAGAGUACAGAUAUUGCAGUCGCUCACAUCUGCAGAAGCAGAGGGCCGUCUGUUUAAACAACUUGUGUUGACCAUCUAUAUCUGUGGAAAUAUAGGAUUCCUUGCUGCCUUCCUGGCAGCAAUCAACCAAAUAUAAGUUGCUAAGAAUUUUGUGUGAUGCAACAUUUUGCUGUUGAAAAACCUGCAAGGUGCACUUUGUUUCAACUUUUCCCUCCAUGCCUCCCUGAAGAUGGAAGCAGAGAGUAACAGUGCACCUGUCCCACGCAGUGUCAGGGGAAGUGGAAUUCAAAUCCAUAGAAGGAUGGAAGGAUGCUGCAGUCCUGCAAAAGCUAUCUUCCAAUGGGACUCAUAAUGGGAUUCUUUGCCUGAGUAAGGAAUGAAGUCCUUGGGGUUUUAGAAACACAGUAAUGGAGUAGAUUGAAGCUUGUAGGUGACAAAGACCCAAGAAGAUGUGCUGAAAAUGCUGUUUAGAUAGUCAGUUCUCUGAAACUCUUUUGGCUGUGGUUGGGGAAAAAACUGGAAAGAUCCAGAGACCAUCAUAUCUGUUCAUUGUGUUCUAAUGGCAUGUGCUGUGACACGUCACCUGUUUGUGACCGCUUUAUGCACUAAAAAUACCCCAACCAAGCUCAGACUGAUUCAUAAUCCAAUGCUGGUGUUUAUCUUCUCUGUCAAAUGCAAAAAAAUAAUUCUCCCUGCUCUAGGAGCAGUACACUUGCCGGGAUUUGGGAACCUGAGUAAAACCACCACUUGCCUCACUCACUGUUCUGUCCCAUCCCUGUCAGUGCUUCUAAACCAUAAAAUAAAAAACAUGUUUGUGAUGUAAGUGCAUUAAAACCACUUGUACAGAACUCUAACAGGGAAAACCGAUCUGUAAGUAGGCAUUUCUGUGCUUUACUGCCUCUGUUUGCUGGUGGAUUCUGAAUUACCUUGUGCAAAUAAGAUGCCGCUUGCUGCCUGAACUGAAGCGAAAAUACUUGCUCAGCUGUGUUGCAGUUGUAAUUUGCACUAGUGAGAGAUGUAGAUUACAAGUUGGUUUGGUUUCAGGAAGGAGGUUCUGUUAAUGUGAAGUGAGUAUCCCAUGAGUCGAGUUGGCAGACCUAGGGGACAGAACUGUCUUUGGGAGGGCAUAGUUGUUUGUGGUUUUGGGUUUUGUUUGUUUUUCCAGUCAACAAAAGACAUCUCUAAAUACAUUAGCUAGGCACAAGGAAGGGAAAGAGGCCAUUGUUCCAAGGUUUAAGUAUGAAAGGACACCCUGGAAAUGGCAUCUUGGAAACCUUUAAUACACUAUGCAGUACUGUGUUUUGCACUUGUCUUUUGUAGCUUUUAAUGCUUAUUGUUGAGACUGAAAAGUACUGAUUUUUAUUUAUUCAAAAUAUACAUUUAUCUCAGGGCUACUAAGCUAGCUGGAAAUAAAGGUGUUGGCGAGAACAGUAAAUAGUGAAGCCUGGCUUGGUACAGCAACAUCUCUCUCCUACCUCAUGCCCAGCUCUAGGACACUUGGACAUGUGGGUCAGGUAGUGAGUCUCUCUACUUACUAAAGAUGUCUAUUUGUGUUUCUUCCUUCACCUCCCCAGUCCACAAUACAGCCUGUUGCAGAGAUAAGUAAUUUUGAAAGCUACAGACUUGCAGUCUGGUUUUCUGGCUGCUCAAUUUUACCUAUAGUACCGGGUUCAACCCCUUUGUCAGCUGCAUCAGUAAGCUGAACUGUCGCCCUUCCUCCUGUGAACUUGCAGAGGCCUGUGCUGAUUGGGAAGGGGCAGCUAGGGAGAAGAACUAUGGCAAAAUCCAGGCUGAAGGAUAGGAGAGAUACUGCUGAUUGCGUGCACUGGUGGUGUUUGUGGAGAACUGAACUUGGAAACUGGUAAUUGCAGAGGCAAUCACAGGCCCUCCUAGUGCUGAACUUUCGGAAGGACCUUUUGUGUACCAUCAGCUCAUACAAGAAAAUCUAUCAUGCUAGGCAUAGCUGGCUUUUUAAGUCAAGGGAAUAAUGGGUUCUUGCUGUAACACAACAGCUGUACAGUGUGUUGUUCCACUUGAACAUGACGAUGACUACAGAGUUUUUAAAAAGUGAGUGUAAAUAGCUUUAAAAGUUGGUGGUUUUUUUUCUGUUUUAGUAAGGUAAAAACGCUAUCAAAUAGAAAUAAGAAAAUAAUAAUCUUGCCUAGAAGCAAAGUGGGUUGCCUGUUCUCUUUUGUAUAUGCUGUUUCAUAAAUUAAAGCUAUCUCAGUGCUCCCUGGAAAACUGCUAUUGAAAUUGACUAUUAAACUAUUUGCUCUCUGUAA